GUCUUUUCUUCCUUUCGUUUUUAUCCAAUUUCAAUUUCCCGUUAUUUUCUCCCUAUAAAUUCAAUCCACCAUCACGGGCAUUACCUACCUCCACCAUUAUCUCACUCCGAAAUGGACAUCAAUGGCGUUAGAAAUUUCCGUCAUUGGAAAUCUCCUCACUCCGGUUCCGAUCCUUUUCUCGGUCAUUUCACUUUCUCUACCUCUUCCUCUGACGAUCACUCUGGCGAUGAGCUCACCGAAGCCGACCUCUUCUGGAGCGGUGAAAAUGGAAUUACUGACUCGGACGAGUCGACUAGGUAUCCGUACUCUUCUCAUUCACAUCGAAGCUUAGGGUUUCGCCGAAGGGAGAAGUCUGGAAUCCUUGCUGCGCUUCCUGAUCAUGAUUGCGUGAACGGAUUUAAGACGCCGUUGCGUGCGAUUCCGAAGGCUCCUCAGCGUGUAUCUGGUGAAUUGAUUCAGUCAAGUCCAUGCCAGAAAUUUCAGCACUCUGCUCCAGUGAAUGUUCCGUCGACGAUGAUGACGAGGAAGAAAGAGAAGAAAUUUGGACAAUUGGAGGAGAGAGAAAGUAGGGAUGGUGAUGGUGAUGAUGAAGAGAUGCUUCCGCCACAUGAAAUUGUUGCGAUGAAGCUGAAUUCGACAUCGUCGGUGCUGGAAGGUGUAGGAAGGACGCUGAAAGGAAGAGAUCUGCGACAAGUCCGCAACGCUGUAUGGCGCCAAACAGGUUUUCUUGACUAAUUUUGGAAGAUUCAGAUUAAUAAUAUGAUCUUAGCUUAAUUAUGAUAUGAGUUUGUUUGUAAAAUGUAAAAUCUCUUUAUUUUUGCCUUAAGGUGUGGAAUUUGGUGAGUGGAAGUUGUUUUUUUGGUUACUUCUUUCAUUAUCACAUGAAAAUUAGAUGUAGCUGAAAAAGGAGAAAAGAGUAUAAAUUAAGAUGAUUAGAUUAGUUUUUUAGGUGAAAAUUGGUGUAUGAAUAACGACUUUUGAGUUGUAUCUUGAUAGAAUUUAGCAUUGUAGAAAUGUAAUUUUCUUUUGUAUAAGAUGAUUUCUGUGAGUGUGACAACUCUUGAAUUAUUUCAACUGUACCGAUUUUGUAUUUGUAACUCAAAAUAAUAACAGAGUAUUUGCAUACUUGAUCUGGAUCAGAUCAUUUGUCUUCAUGAACUUUCACCAAUAAAUGCAUUUUCACUGUCAAAAAUAUAUCAGAGAAAGGUAACAUAAGUCACCAAUUAUCUCUAAA